GGCCGGGCCUGGGCCUGCCUCCCUUCUCUAUGGCCGGGCAACGAUGAUGGAGUCGGGUUGUGUGGUCCCAGACCCGUCUGGCCGGUAAAGCCGUGAGUCUCCGAGAGCGGUACAAGUAAUUGGGACCCACGGACUCUGGGGCGGAAAGACAGGCCCAGGUGUCGGCACAGCGGGGGCGGUGCCCAGAGCCGAGCCCCGCCCCUCGCAGGCCAGCGCCCAGGGCCCGCGGUCCUUGCCCGUUUCCAGUAUGGCCGCCCGCUGUGCUUGACCCGCGGCCUCUCCGUUCCGGCUCCUCGUAGGCGAUGCUGAGGCCGAGGCCGUGACUGACACUCUCGCUUACACGCACGCACGGACCCAGACCCACGCCUGAGCCCGAGCCCUGGGCCCGGAACCGCUCUCGCUCCCGGCACCGCGGCCGGAUCCCGGACCACGGCUCCCGCGCCGCCGCGUCGCCGAGAAGGGCCGCGCCGGAGCUCGAGCGCGGCGGCCCCCGGCCGGCAGCGAUGGGGAAGCGGGCGGGAGGAGGAGCAGGAGCCGCCGCCGCCGCCGCCUCCGCGUCCGCCGGGACCGGGCUGGAGCCCGCGGCCGGCCGCGGCGGGGGCCCGCGGAGCGCAGCCGCCGGCUUCCUGGGAGCGCUGCACCUGGUGAUGACCCUCGUGGUGGCCGCGGCGCGGGCCGAGAAGGAAGCGUUCAUACCUACGGAGAACAUAAUAGAAGUGCUGCGCUUUGAUGAUGGCGGGCUACUGCAGACUGAGACAACACUUGGACUCAGUUCAUAUCAACAGAAAAGUUUAUCUCUGUACCGGGGUAAUUGCAGGCCCAUCAGAUUUGAGCCACCAAUGCUGGAUUUCCAUGAACAGCCAGUUGGAAUGCCAAAAAUGGAGAAGGUCUACUUACAUAAUCCUAGUUCUGAAGAAACCAUUACUUUAGUAUCCAUAUCUGCUACAACAUCACAUUUUCAUGCAUCAUUUUUUCAAAAUAGGAAAAUUCUUCCGGGAGGAAAUACAUCAUUUGAUGUAGUUUUUCUUGCAAGAGUAGUAGGAAAUGUAGAAAAUACUUUAUUUAUUAACACAUCUAAUCAUGGGGUAUUUACUUACCAGGUAUUUGGUGUUGGAGUUCCAAAUCCAUAUCGAUUGAGGCCGUUCCUUGGAGCCAGAGUGCCUGUGAAUAGCAGUUUCUCACCCAUAAUAAACAUACACAACCCUCACAGUGAGCCUUUACAGGUGGUAGAGAUGUACUCAAGUGGAGGAGACCUUCACCUGGAGCUUCCAACCGGGCAACAGGGAGGAACCAGGAAGCUGUGGGAAAUUCCUCCUUAUGAAACCAAAGGAGUAAUGAGAGCCAGUUUUUCAUCCAGAGAAGCAGAUAAUCACACAGCCUUCAUCAGAAUAAAGACCAAUGCCUCUGACAGCACAGAGUUUAUCAUUCUUCCCGUGGAGGUUGAAGUUACAACAGCUCCUGGAAUUUAUUCCUCAACUGAAAUGUUAGAUUUUGGUACACUACGAACACAAGAUCUACCAAAAGUUUUAAAUCUUCAUUUAUUAAAUUCAGGAACAAAAGAUGUACCAAUAACUAGUGUUCGCCCUACACCACAAAAUGAUGCCGUAACAGUACAUUUUAAACCAAUUACAUUAAAAGCUUCUGAAAGUAAAUACACCAAGGUUGCAAGCAUUAGUUUUGAUGCUUCAAGGGCAAAAAAACCAUCUCAGUUUUCUGGGAAAAUAACUGUUAAAGCAAAGGAAAAGAGUUAUUCUAAACUUGAAAUACCAUAUCAAGCAGAAGUUUUAGAUGGCUAUUUGGGAUUUGAUCAUGCUGCAACGUUAUUUCACAUCCGAGACAGUCCUGCUGACCCUGUGGAGAGGCCAGUCUACCUUACUAACACUUUCAGUUUUGCGAUCCUCAUACAUGAUGUGCUGCUGCCAGAAGAAGCCAAAACAAUGUUUAAAGUUCACAACUUCAGCAAACCAGUCUUAAUUCUUCCUAAUGAAUCAGGAUACAUUUUUACCCUGGUUUUUAUGCCAUCCACAUCAUCCAUGCACAUAGAUAACAACAUUUUACUUAUUACCAAUGCUUCUAAAUUUCAUUUACCUGUGCGGGUUUACACAGGCUUUUUAGAUUACUUUGUAUUGCCCCCCAAAAUAGAAGAACGCUUCAUAGAUUUUGGAGUUCUGAGUGCUACAGAAGCAAGUAAUAUUUUAUUUGCAAUUAUAAACAGCAAUCCAAUUGAGCUGGCUAUAAAAAGUUGGCAUAUCAUAGGAGAUGGUUUGUCCAUAGAACUUGUAGCUACAGAAAGAGGCAAUAGAACUACAAUAAUUUCAAACCUUCCAGAGUUGGAAAAAUCCUCUUUAUCAGACCAGUCAUCAGUAAUAUUAGCCUCAGGCUAUUUUGCAGUCUUCAGAGUCAAACUUACUGCAAAAAAACUGGAAGGGAUUCAYGAUGGAGCCAUACAGAUCACAACAGACUAUGAGAUCCUCACAAUUCCUGUGAAGGCCGUGAUUGCUGUGGGCUCCCUGACCUGCUUCCCGAAGCAGAUGGUUCUUCCUCCGUCCUUCCCAGGGAAAAUAGUUCAUCAAAGUUUAAAUAUUAUGAAUUCCUUCUCACAGAAGGUAAAGAUACAACAAAUACGAUCUUUGUCAGAAGAUGUGCGAUUUUACUACAAACGAUUACGGGGUAAUAGGGAAGACUUGGAGCCAGGGAAAAAGUCAAAGAUUGCAAACAUUUAUUUUGAUCCUGGACUGCAGUGUGGGGACCAUUGCUACGUUGGCUUGCCUUUUCUAUCCAAAUCUGAACCCAAGGUGCAGCCCGGGGUGGCCAUGCAGGAGGAUGCGUGGGAGGCCGACUGGGAUUCCCACCAGAUUUUAUUCAAAGCCUGGAUGGGAAUAAAGGAAAGUUCAGGCCACAGAUUGAGUGCUAUAUUUGAAGUAAAUACAGACCUUCAAAAAAAUAUAAUAUCAAAAAUCACUGCCGAGCUCUCCUGGCCUUCCAUACUUAGCUCCCCCCGGCACUUGAAGUUCCCGCUCACCAAUACAAACUGCUCUUCAGAAGAAGAGAUUACGUUAGAAAAUCCUGCAGAUGUUCCUGUCUAUGUUCAGGUUAUUCCUCUGGCUUUAUAUUCCAACCCUUCAGUCUUUGUAGAUAAAUUAGUCUCAAGGUUUAACUUGAGUAAGACAGCAAAGAUAGAUUUGAGAACACUAGAAUUUCAAGUCUACAGAAACACUGCUCAUCCACUGCAGAGUUCAACGGGAUUUACAGAGGGCCUCUCUCGACAUUUAAUUUUAAACCUAAUUUUAAAACCUGGAGAAAAGAAAUCUGUCAAAGUAAAGUUUACUCCAAUUCACAACAGAACUGUUUCUUCACUAAUCAUAGUGAGAAAUAACCUGACUGUGAUGGAUGCUGUGAUGGUCCAGGGACAAGGAACAACUGAGAACUUGAGGGUGGCAGGCAAGCUUCCAGGCCCAGGAAGCUCCUUACGCUUCAAAAUCACAGAAGCAUUGUUAAAAGAUUGUACAGACAGUUUAAAACUAAGAGAACCAAAUUUCACAUUGAAAAGAACAUUUAAAGUAGAGAAUACAGGACAACUUCAAGUCCACGUAGAAACCAUUGAAAUCAGUGGAUACUCAUGUGAAGGAUAUGGCUUUAAAGUUGUUAAUUGUCAAGAGUUUGCACUAAGUGCCAAUGCCUCAAAGGACAUAAUCAUAUUGUUUACUCCUGAUUUCACGGCUUCUAGAGUGAUUCGUGAACUGAAGUUUGUGACAACCAGUGGCUCUGAGUUUGUAUUUGUGUUAAAUGCGUCCCUCCCGUACCACAUGUUAGCAACCUGUGCAGAGGCCCUCCCCAGGCCCAACUGGGAGCUGGCUCUGUACAUCAUCAUCUCAGGAAUAAUGAGCGCACUGUUUCUCUUGGUAAUUGGAACAGCCUAUUUGGAAGCUCAAGGAAUUUGGGAGCCAUUUCGACGGCGACUAUCCUUUGAGGCCUCAAACCCACCCUUUGAUGUGGGAAGGCCAUUUGACCUCAGGAGAAUCGUUGGUAUUUCAUCUGAAGGAAACUUGAAUACACUCAGCUGUGACCCCAGUCACAGUAGGGGGUUCUGUGGAGCAGGAGGCUCGUCAUCACGGCCUGGUGCAGGGAAUCACAAGCAGUGUGGCUCGUCAAUGCACCCACACGGCAGCCACAGCAACAGAAACUCAGCUGACGUGGAAAACGUCAGAGCCAAAAGCAAUUCAAGUACCUCGAGCAGGACUUCUGCACAAGCAGCCUCCUCACAGUCGGCAAGCAAGACAAGCCCCCUUGUCUUCGAGGCACACGCAGCGCCCCAGGGUCACACAGCGGGCAGAAGGUCCAAAGGGGCAAAGCAGAACCAGCACAGUGGGCAGCACCACGGCCACAGCCCCCUGGAGCAGCAUGCGCAGCCUCCAGCACCACCAGUGCCUCAGCACCAGGAGCCGCAGCCCGAGCGGCUGUCUCCCGCCCCCCUCGCACACCCCACCCACCCAGAACGUGCCAGCAGCACAAGGCACAGCUCGGAGGACUCGGACAUCACCAGUCUCAUAGAAGCCAUGGACAAAGACUUCGAGCACCAUGACUCCCCACCCCUAGAAGUGUUUACAGAGCAGCCGCCAUCACCAUUGUCAAAAAGCAAAGGGAAAGGCAAAGGCCUUCAGCGCAAGGUCAAAGCCCCGAAAAAGCAGGAGGAGAAAGAGGAGAAGGGGAAGGGAAGGCCCCCGGAGGACGAGCUGAAGGGGUCCCUGGCCGACGACGACAGCUCCUCCACUACCACCGAGGCCUCCAACCCUGACACCGAGCCGCUCAAGGAGGUAGGCGGCGGGCGCCCGCCCCGCAGGCCUGGCGUAGUGCRGCGCUGGGGAUCCGUGGGGACGGGUCAGCCCUCGUGCCGCGCCAGCUGGGGAUGGACGGCUGCACCUCCCCGGUGA